AUGGGCAGAACCAGCACCCCCUAUAGAGGAAAGCCUGCGCGCCCGCUCAGUGACGUCACGCACGAGGAAGGCAAGGGAGGAGGAAGGCAAGGGAGGAGGAAGGCAAGGGAGGAGGAAGGCAAGGGAGGAGGAAGGCAAGGGAGGAGGAAGGCAAGGGAGGAGGAAGGCAAGGGAGAGGAAGGCAAGGGAGAAGAAGGCAAGGGAGAAGAAGGCAAGGGAGAAGAAGGCAAGGGAGAAGAAGGCAAGGGAGAAGAAGGCAAGGGAGAAGAAGGCAAGGGAGAAGAAGGCAAGGGAGAAGAAGGCAAGGGAGAAGAAGGCAAGGGAGAAGAAGGCAAGGGAGAAGAAGGCAAGGGAGAAGAAGGCAAGGGAGAAGAAGGCAAGGGAGAAGAAGGCAAGGGAGAAGAAGGCAAGGGAGAAGAAGGCAAGGGAGAAGAAGGCAAGGGAGAAGAAGGCAAGGGAGAAGAAGGCAAGGGAGAAGAAGGCAAGGGAGAAGAAGGCAAGGGAGAAGAAGGCAAGGGAGAAGAAGGCAAGGGAGAAGAAGGCAAGGGAGAAGAAGGCAAGGGAGAAGAAGGCAAGGGAGAAGAAGGCAAGGGAGAAGAAGGCAAGGGAGAAGAAGGCAAGGGAGAAGAAGGCAAGGGAGAAGAAGGCAAGGGAGAAGAAGGCAAGGGAGAAGAAGGCAAGGGAGAAGAAGGCAAGGGAGAAGAAGGCAAGGGAGAAGAAGGCAAGGGAGAAGAAGGCAAGGGAGAAGAAGGCAAGGGAGAAGAAGGGGAGUUGUUUUGUUUCGAGGGGAGUGAGAGUGGUGCUGAGGAGAGUGAGAGUGGUGCUGAGGAGGGUGAGAGUGGUGCUGAGGAGGGUGAGAGUGGUGCUGAGGAGGGUGAGAGUGGUGCUGAGGAGGGUGAGAGUGGUGCUGAGGAGGGUGAGAGUGGUGCUGAGGAGGGUGAGAGUGGUGCUGAGGAGGGUGAGAGUGGUGCUGAGGAGGGUGAGAGUGGUGCUGAGGAGGGUGAGAGUGGUGCUGAGGAGGGUGAGAGUGGUGCUGAGGAGGGUGAGAGUGGUGCUGAGGAGGGUGAGAGUGGUGCUGAGGAGGGUGAGAGUGGUGCUGAGGAGGGUGAGAGUGGUGCUGAGGAGGGUGAGAGUGGUGCUGAGGAGGGUGAGAGUGGUGCUGAGGAGGGUGAGAGUGGUGCUGACGAGGGUGAGAGUGGUGCUGACGAGGGUGAGAGUGGUGCUGACGAGGGUGAGAGUGGUGCUGACGAGGGUGAGAGUGGUGCUGACGAGGGUGAGAGUGGUGCUGACGAGGGUGAGAGUGGUGCUGACGAGGGUGAGAGUGGUGCUGACGAGGGUGAGAGUGGUGCUGACGAGGGUGAGAGUGGUGCUGACGAGGGUGAGAGUGGUGCUGACGAGGGUGAGAGUGGUGCUGACGAGGGUGAGAGUGGUGCUGACGAGGGUGAGAGUGGUGCUGACGAGGGUGAGAGUGGUGCUGACGAGGGUGAGAGUGGUGCUGACGAGGGUGAGAGUGGUGCUGACGAGGGUGAGAGUGGUGCUGACGAGGGUGAGAGUGGUGCUGACGAGAGUGUUUUUGCUUUGGGAGGAGAGUGCCAUCAAGAUAACAGCCAUGGAGCCCAACAACCAGCCAGAGAGGAGACUGGUGGUGAGAGAGGAGAGGAAGAAGAAAAAGAAGAAUUAGGAGAAAAAGAAGCAGUAAUGUUGGCAGCUGGUGCUUUCUGUGAAGAGUACCACACGCAAAAUACUGCUGGAAAUUGGUAUCCCACAAUUGAGGGUCAAGUGCCAGCAACUCUUGGUGAAGAAUUCAAUCUAAAUUUGCCACAUGCCUAA